GGAAGAGGAAAGGCCGGGCGGUGGUGGCUGUAGGUUUUGCGGGAAACGGCGGCUUUCUUCCAAGUGGACGAUGGAUAGCCAAGGCAGGAAGGUGGUAGUGUGCGACAACGGCACUGGGUUUGUAAAGUGUGGAUAUGCAGGCUCUAACUUUCCAGAACACAUCUUCCCAGCUUUGGUUGGAAGACCUAUUAUCAGAUCAACAACCAAAGUGGGAAACAUUGAAAUCAAGGAUCUUAUGGUUGGCGAUGAGGCUAGUGAGUUACGCUCAAUGUUGGAAGUAAACUAUCCCAUGGAAAAUGGCAUAGUCCGAAAUUGGGAUGACAUGAAACACCUGUGGGAUUAUACAUUUGGACCAGAGAAACUUAACAUAGAUACCAGAAAUUGUAAAAUCUUACUCACAGAACCUCCUAUGAACCCAACUAAAAACAGAGAAAAGAUUGUAGAGGUCAUGUUUGAAAUGUACCAGUUUUCUGGAGUAUAUGUAGCCAUUCAGGCGGUCUUGACUUUGUAUGCUCAAGGUCUACUAACUGGUGUAGUAGUGGACUCUGGAGAUGGUGUAACUCACAUUUGCCCAGUGUAUGAAGGCUUUUCCCUCCCUCACCUUACCAGGAGACUUGAUAUUGCUGGAAGGGAUAUUACCAGAUAUCUCAUCAAGCUGCUUCUGUUGCGAGGAUAUGCCUUCAACCAUUCUGCUGAUUUUGAAACUGUCCGAAUGAUUAAAGAAAAACUGUGUUAUGUGGGGUAUAAUAUUGAGCAGGAGCAGAAACUGGCUUUAGAAACCACAGUAUUAGUUGAAUCUUACACACUCCCGGAUGGCCGCAUUAUCAAAGUUGGGGGAGAGAGAUUUGAAGCACCAGAAGCUUUAUUUCAGCCUCACUUGAUCAAUGUAGAAGGAGUGGGUGUUGCUGAAUUGCUUUUUAACACAAUUCAAGCAGCUGACAUUGAUACCAGAUCUGAAUUCUAUAAACAUAUUGUCCUUUCUGGAGGAUCGACUAUGUACCCUGGGCUGCCUUCACGGCUGGAACGUGAACUUAAACAGCUUUACUUAGAAAGAGUUUUAAAGGGAGACGUGGAAAAACUUUCUAAAUUUAAGAUCCGCAUUGAAGACCCCCCUCGCAGAAAGCACAUGGUGUUCCUGGGUGGCGCCGUUCUGGCCGAUAUCAUGAAAGACAAAGACAACUUUUGGAUGACCCGACAAGAAUACCAAGAAAAGGGUGUCCGUGUACUGGAGAAACUUGGUGUGACUGUCCGAUAAACUCCAAGGCUUGUUCCAUCACACCCCUAACGCUUUCUUUUUUCUUUUAUUGCCAAUCUUUGAACACGUUCAACUCCAUGACAUGGAAGAGGGCUCUCUGUACCCUUUGACUGGAAAGGUCAGGUUUUAUUCUGGUAUCUUGGGGAAGCUUUGUUAAAUUUUUGUUAAUGUGGGUAAAUGUGACUGUCUAAUUCAACCACUUCCCUACAAACAAAACAAGGGCAAAGGGUCCUAUCCGCUGCAUUGUUCCUUCUGAGUCGGCAUUUAGAUCAUUCCUGUAGGCUUCCUGAGUUCACUUUAUUGCUCUAAUGCUGCUAGUCUUAGUCUUUAGCGCACUAGGUGGUAUGCCUUUAUUAACAUAAGAAAAAAACUUUAACAGGAGCUUUUACAUGUUACUGGGUGGGGGGAGGUGAGGGAUGGGUGGGCAGCCGCUGAACCCUGUACAGCAUUCCCUCUGUAGUGUGGCACUUUAAAACAGUUACUGCUACAGCUUUAAGUACCUUAAAGCCUCUCGGACUAACAUCUUUUGGGGGAAUGUUAAGCUCAGAACUAAAAUGUUUUGUGUGAGUUUUUGUUUGGGGUUGGGGGUUGAUUUUGAUUUUUGAACUUUCCUGCUCUGGGGUAUGUAAGAUGAACUUUAUUUUACAGUACUUUGAUUUUGGUAUGCUUGUAAGCGUUUCUGUAUGAUAUAAAAAGCAAGUGAAGUAUUCCAUUACCAUGUAGCUUAGAGAUUUAUUUGUUUUUUAAAAUCAACUAUGUCAGCCAGGACUAGACUCCCUAGAAUCUAUCAAUGGAACCGUAACCUUUAAAAAUCACUUUUAGAAAUUCAAAUUAUGGAUUUAAAAAAAGUACUUAAGAGCUGGUAUUUUCUGAGUGCUUCUGUGUAUUCUGGAAGCAUUAAGGAACCCAGUGCCAAUUACCAUUCUUGAAAAUUAUUCUUAUAUAACUGACCAGUGCUUAUUUAAUAAAACAAGAAGAUUCAUAUAAAUAACACUGGCACACACACAUUGGGUUGAAAAUAAGAUUGGAGUAUGGGACUUGUUGCCAGUUGGGAAUUUUCAUUCGUAUUUUUGUUUGUUUUGAUUUGAAAGUGGAGUAAAAGUUGAUUAUUUAAAAUGUUAGCAAAAAUAUCAGGAUUUAAAUUUGUGUUUGUAUUGAAAACCUAAUCAUAACUGCUAAUUCUCAUCCAUCUUUUAUACUUGAAGAAGAACUGUUGGUAUUCUGUAGCUGUUUAGCAGACUUUACCUCCUGUGUCAGAAAAUCAUAUUUAUGAAUCCUGUUGGUAUCACUUGGUAUCUGUAAAAAUAUCAAAGAGUACCCAGAUAUGAGUUCUUUCUGAAUUUGAAAAAUAAUUAGAAACUGUAGCAUGCUGAGUACAAAAU